AUGUCCCGUAAUAGUUCAUUAGGAUUAGAGAAUACGCUAUUUCAGCUUAAGUUUACCUCUAAGCAAUUAAAGAAACAAGCACAACGUGCUGCUAAGGAAGAACUUCAAGAAACUAAUAAGUUAAAGAAAAUAAUUAAUGAAAACGAAGAAAUUGCCAAAAUUUAUGCCUCAAAUGCUAUCAGAAAGAAAAAUGAACGUUUACAACUAUUAAAAUUGGCAUCUAGAGUGGAUUCAGUGUCAUCCAGAGUACAAACUGCCGUAACAAUGAGAUCUGUUUCAACUUCGAUGGCUAGUGUCUGUAAAGGGAUGGAUAAGGCUCUAAUGAGUAUGAAUUUGGAACAGAUAACGACUAUCAUGGAUAAAUUUGAAACUCAGUUUGAAGACCUUGAUACCAGCGUUAAUGUAUACGAAAGUAUGGGUAUGAAUUCGGAUGCUGUUGCUGUCGAUAAUGAUAAAGUGGAUGAACUAAUGGCCAAGGUUGCAGACGAAAAUGGGCUAGAAUUAAAACAAUCGGCAAAGUUAGAUGAAUUACCGGAUUUAAAGGCUAGUGAUAAGGUCUUGGAUGAUGAGAAAGAAGAUAAGUUAGCUCAGAGGUUAAGGGCCUUACGUGGUUAA